AUGGCGUACUUACUAUUGUAUAUCGACGAUAUUGUAGUGACUGCCUCUGAUUCGACUCUUCUAACGUCGAUUAUUACUAUGCUAUCUCGUGAGUUUGCUAUGACGGACUUAGGUCUGUUGCACUACUUUUUGGGGAUCACUGUUACGAGGGACUCUACCGGGUUCUUGUCCCAAUCGCAAUACGCUCGGGACGUUCUACACCGAGCAAACAUGACCGGGUGUAAAUCUUGCGCCACUCCAUACGACAGGGGAUCAAAAUUAGGCGCUAAUGAUGGGGCUCUUCUUGACGAUGGCACUCUCUACCGUAGAUUAGCGGGUGCUCUUCAGUAUCUAACAUUUACAAGACCUGACAUCACUUACGCGGUACAGCAGAUUUGUUUAUUUAUGCAUGCCCCACAGGAGCCACGCUUUGCCUUCCUUAAGCGGAUACUUCGUUACCUCCAGGGCACUAUUGGUUUCGGCCUACACUUAUCGGCCUCCUCCACAUCCUCUCUUACUGCAUAUUCGGAUGCGGAUUGGGGGGGGGGGCUGCCUUGA